AUGGUAUACGAAAAAGAAGCACUUUUCUAUACUGAACUGGCCGUAAACUUCGAAAGACUUUACAAUAAGUGCAAAGUCCCUGCAGAAGACAGAUUGUAUAUACCCAAAUAUUACGGGCAUUUAUUAGAUCCUUACGAGGAAAUUCUGGCACUGGAGAAUCUUGAGGCAAAAGGAUUUAAAAUCUUUGAUAGAAUGAAGACAUUUAACUGGGAUUAUGCAUCAACAGCUGUUACUGAGUUGGCUAAAUUCCACGCACUUGGACUAGCAUUGCGUGAUGAGAGCCCUCAUGAAUUCACAAAAUUAAUCAGCCGAUUGAAAUCUGAUGAACCCGAGAACCAGCUGAACUUUUAUAUAAAAUUGGCGCUUGAGAAUGGAUGUAAAGGAUUACAUGAUGAUUAUAAGGAGCGUCUGCAUAAGUUUUUUUAUUCUACCGAGAAUUUGGUGGAGCUUAAAAAGAUAAAGGAAGAUGAAACGUUAUUGAUUCAUGGAGACUUUAAGACAAGCAAUCUGAUGCACAGGCGUCGCAACGGAAAGCUGGAGAUAGCUCCUCUAGACUAUCAAACCUUCCGGGUUGGAAACCCAGUAGUCGACCUCAUGUAUUUUGUCUUCUGCGGCUCUGAUGAGAAGUUCCGCCGUUUCCACUACCAGAGGCUUAUGGACCACUACUUCACCCAGCUGACCUUGGCGUUGCGGCAGCUUCAUGUGGACGUGGAGAAGGUGUAUCCUAGGGAGACGUUUGAUGCUGAUCUGAUUAAGGUGAGACCCCUAGGUCUAUUCCUAGGUCUAUUAAUGGUGGGGAUAGUAACUGUGGCCCCAGAAGAAGCGCCGAAUCUGGAUAGCGACAUUAACACAAUAAUGCAGGUGAAACCCAACCAGAUUGCUGUGGAACGUAUAAGUGGAAUCGUGAGAGACUUCAUUCGAUGGGGAGUGUUAUAA